ACUGAUUUUUUUUAAAUUCACUUUUCUGCGGCUCCGGCUUAGUGGAGUGAUUGGCCACUUAAUAAAAUAAAUACAGAAGAUAACCGGUAAAUUAAAUCGUCAUCCGAAACCGAUCCUAACUUAGUAGGAUACUAUUUUAGAUACUAUCGAUGCUCGGAUCAAUCCGUGAACACGUUUUCCACACAGAGCUUUCCUCUCCCUGCGACACGCCCGGCUAUGCCUCCCUCUAGCGGCGCCGCCCGUCACUGCGCCUCCCCUGCCAUCCAAAGCAAGAGCAGAGAGCGGCUCUCCGCCAGUUUCUUCCGCAGCUCUUACUGGGCGGCCGGUCUGCGUUGAUCAGAUGUGAGCGUCGUGUGGGGAUCGAGCCCAAGGAGAACCAGGCAGUCCUGCUAAUGUUCCACCAGCUGAGCGUCUAGCUGAAGCUUGUGGUUGCCAUGGAGACGAUGCUGCCCCUCAGCCUGCUCCUUCAUCUCCUGCUGCUCUCCGGCUGCCCUGCAGGUACAUCCAUGCUUGGGGAGGAAGCUGACUUCUAUGGAGAUGAAGCCACAGGUUACGGGCCGGUGUUUGAGGAGCAGCCGGUGGACACCAUCUACCCCGAGGAGUCGCCCGAGGACAAAAUCACCAUGAGCUGCCGUGCACGAGCCAGUCCACCUGCCGCAUACAAGUGGAUGCUGGACGGCGUAGAAAUCGACCCGACCACGGUGGAACACAACCAUUAUGCUUUGUCGGAAGGCAACCUGAUCAUAAACGAGCCCGUUAAAUACCAACACGAGGGGAAGUACUCCUGCUUGGCCAGCAACAAUUACGGGACGGUGGUCAGUCGAGAGGCUUGGGUCCAGUUUGGAUAUUUGGACCUUUUCUCCCCAGAGGAAAGGGAGUCUGUGCAUGUGAAAGAAGGCCAAGGGGCGGUGCUUCUCUGUGCCCCUCCUCCACAUCAUCCAGCCGACCUGUCAUUCCGAUGGAUCCUCAACGAGUUCCCCAUCUUCAUCCCGCUGGACAAAAGACGCUUUGUCUCACAGAUAACGGGCAACCUUUACAUCUCCAAAGUGGAGGCCUCAGACAGCGGCAACUACUCCUGCAUCGCAUCCAGCGCCUCCAUCUCCAAGAGCGUCUUCUCCAACUACAUCCCCCUGGUGCCCCACAGCGAACGCGCCAACAAGAAGUACCCGGCUGACCUCAGAGUCAAGUUCCCAGACACGACGACUCUGGUGGGGCACAAUGUCACUUUGGAAUGCUUCGCUUUGGGGAACCCUGUGCCAGAGAUCCGCUGGAAAAAGUUGGACGGCGAACUGCCCCCCAACCACGAAGUGCGGACGGCGGGGGCGCACCUGCACCUGUACAACGUGCAGGUAGAAGACGGCGGUCCCUAUCAAUGCGAGGCGGUCAACUCAAAGGGAAAGGAUUACCACAGCGCACUUUUGUCCGUGGAAGCUUUUCCCGAGUGGGUGGAGCACAUCCGGAGCAUGGAGAAAGACCUGGGUAGCGACUACACCAUGUCCUGCUCGGCCACAGGAAAACCCAAACCGCACAUCCGCUGGAUUAAGAACGGCGAGCCAUUGGACAGGAAGGAGAUGAGGUUCAGCAGCCUGACGUUUGAGGAUUCAGGGAUGUACCAGUGUGUGGCCGAGAAUCACCAUGGAGUCAUCUUUGCCAACGCCGAGCUGCGUGUGUUUGACUGCGUUCCCACAUUUGAACACAACCCCGUCAAACACGUCCUGGCUCCAAGAAACGGGCGGGUGGUGAUUGAAUGUCGACCCAAAGCCGCCCCCAAGCCGACGGUGUCGUGGAGCAAAGAAACGGAGCUGCUGAGAAACUCCAGCAGGGUUUUCAUCUGGGAGGACGGCAGCCUGGAGAUCUUGAACGUGACUCACGCGGACGAGGGCAGGUACAGCUGCUUUGCGGAGAACGACCGCGGCAAGGCCAACAGCACGGGAUCCCUGCUGGUGACAGACUCCACCAAGAUCACCUUGGCCCCCUCCAAUGCUGACGUCAAAGUGGGCGAAAACGCCUGGAUGCAGUGUGCCGCGUCACAUGACGCCUUGCUGGACAUCACCUUCAUCUGGUCCUUGGACGGCCACGUCAUCGACCUUGACAAGGACAGCCAACACUAUGAACGCCCCCUGAACGGAAGCUCAAAUGGCGAGCUGAUGAUCAAGAAUGCGCAGUUGAAGCACGCCGGGAUUUACACUUGCACCGCACAGACGUCCGUGGACAACAUCACCGCCUCGGCAAGCCUGGUUGUACGAGGACCCCCUGGCGCCCCGGCCGGGCUGCGAGUGAUGGACAAAAGUGACAGGAGCGUAACGCUGCAGUGGAGCCGAGGAGCAGACAACCACAGCCCCAUCUCCAAAUACACCAUCCAGUACCGGGCCGCCUUGUCGCAGGAAGUGUGGAGGAACGCCAGCACAUCUCCAUCAGAUGUUGAAGGCAACGCCGAGACGGCCACCGUGAUGGACUUGGUGCCCUGGACCGAGUACGAGUUCAGGGUGAUCGCUACCAACACCCUGGGCACGGGGGAUCCCAGCAGUCCAUCGCCCAAGGAGAAAACCCUGGCCUCAAUUCCUGUCGUGGCUCCUUCAGAUGUGGGCGGGGGCGGAGGGACCAGCAGGGAGCUGACCAUCACGUGGACGCCUGUCCAGGAGCAGUACUACUACGGUCCUGAUUUUGGCUACAUUGUGGCCUUCAAACCCCGAGGAGGCCUGGAGUGGACACAGGUGACUGUUUCAGACCCCGAGGCCAAGCGCUACGUCCACAAAGAUCCCUCCAUCCCUCCUUGGAUAGAGUUUGACGUCAAAAUCAAAGCGUUCAACGUCAAAGGGGAGGGCCCCUACAGUUUGACGGCGGUGGUUUACUCUGCUCAAGACGCACCCUCCGAUGCCCCUGCUAGUAUCAACGGCAAAGUUCUCUCGGCCACAGAAGCGAUCAUAUGGUGGUUCCCUAUCCUGCAGAGCAACAUCGAUGGAUACCAGGUGAAGUAUUGGAGAAAGCUGGAGGAUGGUGAAGGGGGGGGGCACAGGGUGGUGGUCUCCGGCAGAGAAAACCAAACCAGACUGGACGGAAUGAGGCCGGACUCUCUCUACCUGGUUGAGGUCCGGGGCUACAACUCGGCGGGAUACGGGCCGGCCAGCGAUCGUCUGGAGAUGCACACCAAGAGAGCUCCGCCGAGUCAAGCCCCAACAAUAAUCGGUAAGAAGUUCAAGGGCAAGUCAGUCAACAUUGUGUGGGAGCAAGUGGAGACGCUGGCCAACGAGUCGCCGGUAGAAGGCUACAAAGUGCUGUACAGGCCACAGGGCCACUCCACGGGCACGCUAUACAUGACCAACAGGCGGCACAUCGAGCUCCCCCUCUACGAAGACGAGACCUACGUGGUGGAGGUCCGGGCGUACACAGAGGGCGGAGACGGGGCCGUGUCACAGAUCUUCAUCACAGGAGGAAGCGUCAUGGCCGCCCGGCCUCUCAGCACAACGGGCCUGCUCCUGACGGCUCUUUUCUGCCUGAACCCCUGAAUGUAGCACCAUCUUUCUCUUCACCCUCGGACGUGAAGGACACUCUUGAUGGGCUUGACGCCUAUAAGGACUUUUGGGAGUCUUUCCACGAUCGUUUGGUUCCACUCUGUUCCCCAUUCCGACUUCUCCCAGCUAUGGAAGAACUUAGUGGAAGUAGACAGGAGCGGGCAUCCCUCCUUUUUAUCCGCGGAACGCCUCCUUGGAGGAGAGUCAACUACUCAAAUAUGCCUUAUGUAAAUGUCUGCACGUAUCCUUCACAAUGACCAGACUUUCAUUUUGAUACAAAUAAAGCCACAUACUCACAUAAAGUACGCUAAUACUUUCAGGCCUGUGAAGGAUAAGUGUACACGUUUAGGAGUAUCUCUGUAUAUUCAUUUUUAUUUACGUGCACUUCUCUUUCUUUUUAUUCUUGUUCUUCCAAAAGUGUAGCACAGCCUCGGUUGAGAACCGUGGAUACGGUCAAAGCAAAAAUUCCUCAACAUUCUCAUCAGUUUCCACUGCCCGUUGGUGUAAUAACCCAAAAAACCUGCGUCCCUGAAGUGUACUUAAUGUAGCGCUGGCCUUUAAACAGCAGCUGGACAACAAGGCGACAAAGUGAGGGCAAAGAUUUUUUUAAUGGCACGCCGGAAAAAACGCAACAACGAGUUUGUGUUCUGUUUACGAAUAAAUUACACAAUUCAUGAUCGCAUUGGGAUGAAAUGACUACACUCCCUUACGACUUAUGGUAAUGGUAAUGGUUUUAUUUCAUUUGAACAUGCAUCAGAUUACAAUUGAAUGCAUCCCAUAAUCAGUUCCCAGUUCCACAUGUCCAAAAGGAGUAGGAAGAAGCAAAGCUUAUUAAAUCCUACCCCUCCAUCUGGUACUUUUACAAUCACUAACUGUUACAUUUGUUCACUGCCUGCUUUCCUCAUAUAG